UUGGUUUAUUUUGGUGUUCACACUUCACACUUCACUCUUACUGUUUAGACUUGGUGUUUAAAGUGUUUGUACCUGUUACAACAGUUAAUUAAAAUAUAAAUUAUUAUAUGGCAUACGUACAAAUGGAGUUAGCUUUAAUGUGAAACAACCAUCAGUAUUCAUUAAAAUGAUGAUUUCAAGAUCUAAACAUCGGUCGUCUAUCGAUGUUUGUUCCGAUUGCGGGGCAUCGGAUCCAUCGUGGGCGUCAAUUAACCGUGGGCUGUUGUUAUGUGCUGAGUGCUGUAGUGUUCAUCGCAGUAUGGGUCGGCAUAUAUCGCACGUAAAGUCACUACGGCAAGGGUCUUGGCCGCCGUCGCUUUUAGCUAUGGUGCAAGCACUGACUGCUCAGAAUGUAAAUAGUAUUUGGGAGCACUCUUUAUUGGACACAUCAGCUCCUAAGCAUCUGCGGAAAAAACCAACUCCAAAAGACCCAUUACAUCCAGUUAAAUCUGAGUUCAUUUUGGCAAAACAUUUGCGGCUCGCUUAUGUAUUACGUGCUCGUCGUGAUGAACCACCAAGUGAAUUGGGAAGACAGUUGCACAGUGCAGUGCGAAGUUCCUCUCUGGACACGUGCAUGCGACUACUAGCGCAGGGGGCUGAUCCUAAUUACUAUAAUCAGGAAAAAGGCAACAUGUGCUUACACGUAGCGUGCCGUGCCGGUCAGCCAGCGCAGGCUGAGUUGUUGGUAGCCUGGGGAGCUGAUCCAACAGCCAAGGAUAGUGCCGGAAACACCCCCAGCGAAUGUGCUAGACUAGGUGGCCACACAGAACUUGCAGACCGUAUGACAGAGUUAGUAUAUGAAGCCACAGACCGAAUGAUCUACUUUCUGACCGGUGAAAGACCGGAUCACGCAUCUGGUAGGCACUACAUAGUACCGCGAGCGCAUGACACACACGAAAUGACCGACGUCGCUAAGGCUGCUAGGGGAAAGUUGCAACUAUUACCGAACCACCUCUUUGAGGAGUUGGUUAUGGAUAUUUACGAUGAAAUUGAUCGACGCGAAACGGAAGCCAUAUGGCAAACCAGCGCGACGGGCUUAGAGCGAUGUGGUGUGGCAUUUCUGCCCGUGAACCCGGCUCUAUCGGCCCCAAGAAACCAGGGCAGGCAGAAAUUAGCCAGACUGUCUUCACCGGAAUUCGCUACAUUACUCCGGGAUGUUCUUCUAGAUGCUACUAGAAGACAGAGGAUUGCGAGUCUACAGCCCAGAGGUAUAUCGGGUCCACUAAACCCAUUAUUAUCGGCGAGCCAUUUGAAACACAUUUCCCAAAUGUCUGACGAUGAGCCAUUAUACGAUUCGGUCGCUUCGGACGAGGACUACGCGGCUUUGGCACCCAUUGACUUGGAAAUGUCAAAUCUAGACCCAAAAGCGGGCGAAACAGUCUCAUCCACAUAUAACCCAUCACUACCUGAAUCAAACGAACGUACAAACACACCGAUAGACAGAAACGAGAUAGAAUCACUUAAAAAAGAACUCGACAAUCGGGACUCAACCAUCACAGAGCUGAAGAAUCAGCUCAAAAACCUUCAAACUAUCGUGGAACAGCUGACGAAAGAGAACAGCGUACUAAAAACGAGUAGUAUCGACGAGGACAGCGUUUCCACGAAUGAGGACAAAGAGAAAGGAAGAGAAGAAGAUGUAAGAGUGAAGACCCGCCCGGUCAGUAUGUAUGAGACUAGAGAGGGACCAAGGAAUAACUGGCAGGUUACUAAACAUCAGUUGACAAGUAUUCCGGUUUUGGAGAGAUCCCUAACACAGGGUGCGUUGGAAGUUGGCGUGUCGAGUAUGAUGGAUAUUGAUUCACCACGAGAGCCAUUGAAUGCUGAGGUAGUCCAAAUGCGUGCGGAAGCUGUGACCCGUGCAAUCCAGGAGUUGUGGUCGGCUGCGAGACUCCAACGCAGUCGGUUGCCGGAUAGGGCUGACUCCAUUCGACGAGCUACGUCUUCACUAUUGGCACUGUUUCCACAGACCUGCUCAGACGCAUCGUUGGACCAAGUAGUAAGUGAUCUUCGUUCAGCGAGCGAAGAAUUAAGCAUUGCUUGCACUGCCCAAGCUCCAAUCGACCAAGUACGAACAGCUGCGUACGACUUGGCUAAGGCGACCAAAAUUUUAGUAACACAUUUCCAGCCCUCCUAGCGAAGAACACUACACUACACAACCGUGUAGUGUAAAAGUGUACCCUGGUGUUGCACUUUUGGGAUGUUUAAGUGAUUAGUGUCACAAUUGUAGGUUGUAAUAGUGUGACAGUUCUUGUAUUGCCAGUUUAGCGGCAAAUGAGAAAGUAUUGCGGGCUUUUUGAUAGUAAUCAGUUUUUGUGAUUGUGAUUGCAUGAAGUGAAUGUAAGUUUGGCAAAUAAGUUGGGUUAGUUAUAAACGGAGAAGGGGGUCUUAGGUAUCUUCCUUAGAUACAUGCCUUUCCCUCAUUACGCAUAACAUAGCCAAUUUACUUGCGAGUAACACAAAAUUUUAAUAAAAUACUGUUUUUAGCUGGGUUAAAACAUACUAGAGUGAAAUGAAAUUUUAAUUAUAAUGCGGGAAAAGGCUAAACGAGAAUUGUGAAGACAUAAUAGACUGAAAUGUAUAAUACAAAAAAUGUGGGUCUUUUUAUCUUUUACUAUUUAUAGUAAACCAAAUAUAAACAAAUUAUAAGCUUAUAAUGUUAUGCAAAUAUAUUUAUUGAAUUGGCGACUUUCGAUUCAAAUCGGUUUUAAAGUUCAAACGCGUGAAAUUGAUCUGAAACGUUCCCGCCUCUGUGUGGGACACAUGGCAACAAAUCCUAGAUUUGAAAUUUGUACUCUAUUAUUACGAUUAAAGGACUUGUAUCCAUGGUCAUGUAGGUUAUUAAAAAAAACAGUUAUUCAAAUAAUGACAUGAUAUAAAGUAUACAUUAAAUUAAAAACAGUAUUUAAUUGAAAUUUUUGGGAAUGUUUUGGAUUUUUGAUGUGCUAUAUUGUUAGUGUUACUGAUUUGUCUGAGUUUGCUAUUGUGAGUUGUGAUUUAAGUAAUGUAUUCAUUCUAAAGAUGUAUUCUAAAAUAGGCUCAUCUACUAUAGUUCCUUCAUUUAUCAUCUAUAUGUUCCUUCAAAUUUUUCGUUUUAACAUUAUUAUGACACGUUUUAGAGGUCACAUAUUACUACUACAGACAUUUAAUUCGUCUUGUCACUUGACAGUAACGCUUUCUGUCAAAACUUCUUCGUUCAUUCGAAAGAUGGGAAGUUAAAUCUCUUAGGCCCGUGUUGAGCAUCAAAAAAAACGUCUAUUAGAACUGUCAAAUUAUUUUUUUAUACUAGUUUGUCCGUUCAUAAGAGGAGAGUCAUUUGAAUACAGGCUACAGAUUAGAUAAAGCUCAAUCAAGCUCAAAGCUUUAAAUAAUCUGUGGCAAAGCCAAGAAGAGAACUCUUGUGGCUAUGCUUCAGGAAAGUAAAUUAGCAUGUUGGCGUACUCAAAUAUUUGAAUUAACAAAAACGUGCAUCAUGCAUAAUUGCUGAUUCCGUAAUUUAUGCUUUUGAUUAAGCAGAUUAUUAAGACCAAAAAAUCAUAACGAUUAAGGAUUUUUAGUAUUUUUACUAAUGUUCAAAUUAUAGCGUAUCGAGUUAUUUUCAACUAAUUGUAUUAUAAUUAUAACUAAAAAUGUAUCCAGUAAGAAAGCUGGCAGAUAUGUAUAGAGCGAUUAUGAAAUAUUAAAUUUCUAUGGAUUUGAGAUUUUCUUUGUCUUUUACGGAACAUAUUUUAAGCCAAUUGUUUUUUGUUAAAUGUCUGUUGCUAAACCUAUUAAGUGUAAUAGGUUGGUGUAUAAUUUAAAUGCGAUUUUUAUAAGACCUAAAAUAUAAAGACAAAUUGUAGCAUCGUGAAUGGUUGUAAUUGUUAUUUUUGCUACAUAUUUUAUUAUAUAUGUAGGAGGUAGCUAAACAUUAUGCUAUAUUAGAGAAAAUUGUCUUGCAAAGUAUAUGAUCGUUAAGAUUGUUUUGUUACGCAUAAGAGGCUAAACGGAAAUUGUCAUAUUGUUAAUACAGGAAAUGCUUGAUAUUAUCUGUAUUAAUAAAGAUACAUAUAUAUAUCGAAUACGUGACACCAAAAUCGAAGUGAUUUUGUACUAAAAUAAUUAGUUUAAUUUCUAUGAAAAAUCUUGUAGUGGAAUAUAUAACGCCAGUUUUAAACUUUUUUAUAUCCACUCUAUUUAAUUUUCUGUAGGCAACAUUUUUCAAUCUAAUUUAAAGUUGAAAAUUUGAUACUAUUUUAUUUUAUUUUCUUUGAUUGUAAUCGUGUUUUUUCAAAAUGUAUACUAAUGCUAAGGUGCUUGAAGUGUUAUGUGACCCAGUGCGUAGUGUUACACAAUCGUGCCUCAAUAAAGUAGCUAGUUUUUUGUAAUGGCAAUCCCACUAAUUAUACCAUAGCCAAACUGAAGGUCCUUCAAAUGUCAUAGUUUAUGACCUCAACAACUAUUUAUAACAAGUAAAGUCAUUGACAAGGUAAAUUAUCUUUAAACUGACUGGAUUUGUUCAAUUUGAGCCAAAUUUAGCGUGGUUUUGAUAUAAUUAGAGGAUUUUUGGAUGUAGUUUAUAUAUAAUUUAUUAGAUUUAUAUAUUUGUCUAAAAAUAUAGAAUUUGUAACUGAAGUAUCCAUUAGUUAGCAAUAAAUUCCAAUAUAAGACAGUUUUGUCAUAAGCUCGAUAAAACUUAGAAUUACAGUUUAUUGGUCUCUUUUCAACACAGCAUUAACAACGUUUGAAAGAAAGAGACAACCGUAUGCAUUGAUUUCGUUUUAUGAAAUAUGGCUUUUUAGUUCAAAUGCGAGCUUAGUUAUAUGAUAUGUUAAUGAAGAUGUAACCGAAACGUGAAGAGUAGGAAAUGCGACUAAAAUGUGUACACCAUUGCGUAUAUAUCGUGCAAACAAAAUAAUAUUAGAUAUAAUUUAUUAUAAUUUUUCAGCUUUAAAGUUUUUGUAAUCUGUAUAACUAUAUAAAAAUAUAUUUGUUAAUGAGAUUAUCCAGUUAUUAAGUGUUCAAAUAAAUGUGGUCGGAUA